GUGAAAUCGUUAUUAGUGAGUUGUUAUAGUAUAUUAGUGUUGUAGCCAGUUGUACAUGUUUGCUAAUAUAUUAAGAAGUUUUUGGCAAUUGAUUGUGGAUUAAUUGUGUGAUUUUCUGCUUAAAAUUUCACAGUUUUACAAGGCAAAAUGUCGUAUAAUACUCGCAGAUCAGGGGGCAACUUUGGAGUAAAUUCUGCUAAUUCGAUUGGAAAUAUUGGCCAGCGAAGACCUCAACCGCAAUCUUUGUCAAAUAACUUUAUUCCAGGAGGACAGCUGUCACAAGGAAAUAAACAACAGCAACAGUAUCACCAGCAGAAACCUGCUCAACAACCACCACUGCCACAACAACAGCAGCAAUUUAGACAGCAACCUCCGCCUCAACCACAAUCACAGGCACCACCUCCACCUCAACUGAAACAGCAACCUACACCUCCACCCCAAGUGAAACAGCAACCUACGCCUCCACCUCAAGUGAAACAGCAACCUACGCCUCCACCCCAAGUGAAACAGCAACCUACGCCUCCUCCUAUUCAAACUCCACAGCCAACACCACCACCGCCACAAGUUACCCCAACUAUCAAAGAAGAUCCUGGCAGUGUUGAAGAAACUACUAACGGAGAUGAAUCUACAACUGGAAGUACUAUUAAAAAGAGACCCUUCUGGAUGAGGAGACCACCUGGUAAAAUAAGCAAAAAAGAACGACUACGCAGACGAAAUCUGAGACUUCGUAAAAUAUUGCAACCUAAAAAUGCACUGAUGGUAUUAAAUGAAUUAGCUGGCAACGUAGUUUACAACAUGACCGAAAUUGUCGGUGGACUAGAACCCCCCCUUUGCAAAGCAUCGGUUCUUGUCGAUGGAAUUGAACACGUUGGAGUCGGCAAAUCAAAGGUGAUGGCCAAACAAAACGCCGCCGAAUGUGCUAUUAAGCACUUGGUACUCAGCAAAUUACGCGCAGACGCAGCAAACGUUGUAAAAGUUAUGAAAGUUGAAGAAAGCUCUACGAAUAAUAGCACAAGUACAGGUGAAAACGUCCCAUCGACAACGACAACCAUGGACACGACUGAAGAAGGAAAUACGAACACUGAAACUGAUGUUUCGUGGUCUCAUGUGGCAUCCUAUGCUUUGCAUAAACUACUGACAGCAUGGGAUGAGGGUGAUAACUUGACCGAACGUAUAGCGCAAGCAACAGCUAGCAUACCUCCAAUGGUGCCUCCACCGGUUACCGGGCCUGAUGGAGUUUGGAAACCCAUGAGUGGACCAGUAGAAAAGAGGCCGGCUAAGAAGUUGCCAGAAAAUGCAGCCCUAAUGAAUCCAGUUAUGUUAUUGAAUCAGAUGCGACCUAACGCAGUGUACGAGGAGGUGACCAAAACAGGCACGCCCCCCCAUGUUAUGUUCACGAUUAAGUGUACAACUGAUAAUCAAUCCUUUUUUGGAACGGGUAAGCAAUUUAUUUUACUUUUUCACUGUGAAGAAUUGUUCCUUACGUAAGUUAAUAUUUCGUGUAAUUUUUUUGCCUUUAAAUUCACUUAAGAACAAAUCUGAAUUUCACAUUUUUAUUACAAAUUCUUUGUAGUUAAUUACGAUGUUUAAAUUUAGCAACUGGUA